AUGGAGCUCACACCUGUAUACCAGGAUGUGCAAUAUGCAUAUGAAACCUUCCUAAAAUGCUCCAACACUGUGGACCUGGUUGAUGUCCACUCUAUGUACAAACAGCUGAGAGCAGACUCGGACCCAGAGGAACUUGUGAGCCCGGUGAAAACGGCAGUGAGAAGGGUUUUCUGUUCCUACCUGGAUCUGCUCGUGAACUCAAAGAAUAACAUGGCCCUGGCACGAACCCUUGACAUCCCAAGUCGCUCACUUGGGCGAGCAGCUUUUACUGACUUAAAGCGCGCUGCCCGCAACAACAGCACUUCACUCUUUUUGGCUGCAACCUCUUUUGUGAGGGCCAUCCAGCUGGGAGGAAAAGGCUAUGCUCCUGCACCGUCUGACCCACUGAGGAAGCAUAUCCAAGGCUUGUCUGACUUUGUCCAGUUUUUAGACAACCUAGAGGAAAUCCUGGGAGAGAUCCCUGACCCCAGCAUGUGUGGAGCCAGGCUGGUGGCCGCCAUCAGGGCUGUGCUGGUGAAGGGACGCAGCAGUGGAGAUGAAAUAUAUGCUGCAGCCGAAGAGACUGCAAAAGACCUGAAAAAGAGGAUCUUGGAGCUAAACCAGAGCCAGAAACAGACUGCUACUGGGACGGGGAUAAGUCCAGCCAGGCCCAGGGCAUACGCAAUCAAUCAUGGCACCGCGUACGGAGGUCGGGAGACUGUGAAGGUGCUGAUGGCGAUGCUGGAUGAGGAGGCCUUGGCUCCUCCUUGUCACAACAAGGCAGACCUCCUGUCUGAGGACCAGGCCGUCCUCAGUGAAACUGACAACUGCGUCCUCGCACUCUUCAGAUCCCCGGAGGCGCCUACUGGAUGUUCUCCAGAACCCCUGAGGAACAGAGUCCAAAGCCGACAAGACCUGCUCAAACCCAAGGUCAAAACCAAUGUCAUCCGCUCUCAGUUUGCAUGCACAUACCGAGAUGAGGAGCUUCCCCUCGGCCGUGUGCUGGAUUUUCCAAGCACCAGCCAGCAGCCCACCUGCGUGCAGCCAGCCCCCAAACGCAGCACCGCCCCGGCUGCAGAGGAAGAAUGCUCGCGGUGCACUUCCCCCAUAGAGGACCCGGGCACAGAACGGGGCGUGACGUCUCACAGUGAGGAGCGGAGGGCCAGGCCCGGGCCAAGAUGCAGAGACCAGAACAGUGGACUCCAGGGCGGCAGAAAGGAGAUCAGUGUCCACACACAGGGCAAGGCUGGUAAGAGGAAGCAGGUAGAUGCUGACCAGCACAGUGCAUCGGAGAACCAGCCUCCGCAGAAGAAAUCCGCCACCAGCGUCUCGGGUAAAAUGCCCAAAAAUGUCCAAAAAGCACCGAGUAAGAAGAAGCAAAUAUCCGGGCAAGGCAAGCUGACAAGCUUCUUCAGAGUCUAAUCUGUUGCAAAUGCAAUUGCUGUUGUUGUACUGAUUGUAGUGCAGUGGCAAUAUGGACCGAAUUAGCUGAAAUCAAAGCACAACACUGCUAAUGUUGGCCGUUAACGACUAUUGCACUUGUUUUCUCCAGUCAAACAAAAGUAGUACAUGUCUGUGAGUAACAAUGGCAUUGGCUACUGUUACUCAUUGAGCAAUGUGGAAAAUGUGAAUGUCUGAAACCUUAGUGGACCAUUUUGGUAGCAGAUAAUUGGAAGCUGGGAUUUGUUUAGCGUAGUUUGCCUUGUUCCAAGACUUGCUGCCAACAAACCCCCUUUCUUUCUUCAAGUUUAUGUCCCCAUUGUCAGAACCACAGUUGUUUAUCCGCUCAACACGUACAUUUCCCCAACCGAACACACUCU